AUAUUUUUUUCAUUCAGAAUAAAUUAUGGAAAUUGCUGGGAAAUCCAACUGAAAACCGUUUCCGCUUGUUACCGAUAUAUUACAAGUUUUGACGUAAUCUAAAGUUGCGCAAGGGGUACCAGAAAACCUAUUUUCAUUUUCGGAAAACAGUGAUUACUCAUAGUAAAUCCAGAUGUCAUAACACCCACGUUUUACGAAAGGAUUAUCAUGCAAAAGGACUAAUGCAGUUAUCAGAAUGACACCUUUGCUACCACUUCUAUUCAUUGUUGCUGCAACGACGGUUCUAGCAGACGACAGUUGCCCGGGACUACCGAUUUGUUUCUGCAACAAGGACAAGACGUCUGUUAACUGCGAGGGAAAACAUUUGACAUCUAUACCGAAAAAUAUUCCACCAUCGGUCGUAAAACUCUACCUUGGCUAUAACCAACUAACGAAUAUCAGUACAGGAGCAUUUGCCUCGUUUCCAAAAUUAGAACGUCUGCAGCUCGAGCGGAACAAGAUCAAUGUUAUUCAACCGCACGCAUUUCGGAACCUUUCAAAUCUGGAUCAGUUGGACCUACGAGAAAACAAGCUUAUUACUGUUGGCGAAAACGCGUUUUCAGACAUGAGAAGUCUGAAGAUUUUGUAUCUUAUUACGAACCCCAUCCAAAAAAUCAACGAGUUAGCUUUUGUUGGAACAGAAUCUCUGGAAAGUCUUUAUCUUCAGUCUAACGCUUUGACAGAGAUACCGCCAUUAGGGAACAUGACAAAUCUAAAGAAACUAAUUUUGGAAGGGAAUGACAUCAUUAAUGCCACUUUUCCUGCUUGUUUUAGAACUAUCAAAAAGCAGUUGUCCAUUGGCUUAAGUAACAACAAUAUCAAAAUUCUAAGCAAUGACACGUUCGAAGCAUUACGCAAUAAGUCUGUAUCUAGCCUAUAUUUGUCAAGAAAUGCACUAGAAAGAAUUGACCCUGGAACAUUUUUACCUCUUGGUUCAAUAACGUCCCUGAAACUUGGAUCCAAUCCGUUAAAUGCACAGGCGCUGCGGACGGCAAUUGAAAGCUUGAAAGGAAAGAAUAUGGUUUCCCUCGACAUAUCAGGUAUUCAGCUGAAUGGUGUACUUCUCGAAAAUACAUUUGAACUUUUGAAGAAUACUUCAAUAACUACCUUAAAUAUGCGGUCAAAUAAAAUCUCAACAUUACCAAACAAGGUGUUUUCUGGGCUUAAUCAGCUUCUGCAUCUGGACCUCACCAGUUGUCAGAUUGAGCGGACAUCCCCAGCGUCUUUCGAAGGAUUGGAUAAACUGACCAUACUUAUACUGAACAGAAACAAACUGAUAAACGUGCCGAAGAAUCUACCAACCUCCCUUAUCUAUCUUUAUCUGGAUAGUAAUGAAAUCACAGCAAUUGGUGACAAAUCAUUCAUUAACAUGGCUUAUCUGCAGGAACUGCGCAUUCGCUACAACAAGAUUCAAACCUUGGAAGAAGAUUCAUUUCUGGGUCUCCUGCAACUUAACAAAUUGUCUCUGUACAAUAAUUUCAUUGCAACCUUGCCAGGUAAAGUGUUUGAUCCGCUUGUACGGUUGAUAUCACUAGACCUGGAGAACAACAACUUGGCGUCUAUUCAGAACUCCAAAGGAAGAUUUUCAUCAUUUGGGUCGCUCGUCUAUUUGAAUCUAGCCAACAACAAGAUGACUUACAUACAGCCGGACAUCUUCCAGUAUACACUUUCCAUGAAGUAUCUGCAUUUGGAAAAUAACUUACUAGGAGACCUGCUCUCUGGCGACUUCGGGGGCGGAUUGUUUAAGGGACUAGUAAAACUUGAGGAACUGAAUUUAAUGAAUAACAGACUCGUCGCCAUUCCUGACCCUUCGUUCCAAGACCUUACUUCGCUUGUAUUUCUAAAUCUUACAAACAAUAAAAUCACCGGAUGGGGCUCGAAUCUCUUCAAAGCAACUCAGAACCUCCAAGUGCUAGAUCUGACAAACAACCUCGUUGCCACACUGAAGAAAGAAAAUCUCCAGGAUUUCACCGCUAUGAAAAGUUUGAAUCUCACCGGAAACCCCUUUGCCUGUAACUGUGACUUACGCUGGUUCCGUGAUUGGAUGAAUAAAACAAGUAUCGUGCUGGCAAACAAUGCAUCUUACCGGUGUAAUGGACCACAUGACUGGGCGGGAAAGGCAUUGCUUUCAUUCGACAAGACUAAAAUCAACUGCUUCUUUAUAAAAUGGUGGUACAUUCUGAUAGCUAGUGCGAUUGCAGUUGUGAUUGUUAUAAUCAUAUCGGGAUUUACUUACCGUAAACGUUGGCGGGUCAAACUAUUUUUCUACAAAAUGACACGAAGAAGGAAGACCCGGAAAUUCGGUGCUGCAGACGGACGUGGUAAUUACGGCGCCAUUGACGCGGAGGAUGGCGGGGGAAUAUUUGACGCCUACAUCUCGUGCGCAGAGGAAGACAAAAACUGGGUAUUGACAAGCCUGCUGCCGGGUGUUGAUCGAGGACAGAUAGACGAGGACCGCCCGUUUGGGGGACAAUUUUCUCUCUAUUUUGAAGAGAGGGAUUCGGCGCCAGGUCGUUCAGUGGCCGGAAACAUCUUUGAGAAUAUGGUCAUCAGUCGCAAGGUAAUCGUUAUCCUGAGCAGCAACUAUCUGCAGAGCCCAAUGCACAUGUUUGAAUAUGAUCUGGCUGCAGAAAGGAUGUAUGAUCGUAAACUUGAAGAAAUCAUUGUAGUCCAUAUUGAAAAGGGUCUUCCUGAAAGGAUUCCAAAGCGGAUCGCCCAUACUAUGAGAAGGAAUAAAGUUGUAGAAUGGAGCGAUGAUCCCGAUGCGAAGGAGCAUUUUAAGAAUCAAAUUAAUGAUAUUCUUGGAAGGAAGGCCGUGGCCGCGGAUUACGAGGCAGAAUAGAGAAAACGGGCAAUAUAUUAUACACCUUAACAUCUUGCACCAUAGAAGAGGAAAAGUGCAUCGAGAUUUCUUAGAACUGGUUUUGGGACUAUUUGGUUCAGUAGUUAAACACUCGCUAUAGAAACAAUUUAAGACUAUACACAACGAUUACUUCCCCAAACGGUACAGUAUCUUAAAAGAAAAGAGUGGGGAGAAUUGACAAAAAUACAUUUUUUCUAUUAACAAAAUCUCGCAAAUUGAUAUCCAAGAUACUACCAUUAAUUUUGACUUUACUUUUGGCAGGUUUGUCGGAAAUUGGACGGAUCUUUUUUUUUAAUAUUUCCUACGCAAACGUUAGUUGUUCUCGUGAUACGAUAUUUCGGUCAGUGUAAGGUAUAUACAGUACGUAGCAACUAGAUGUACGCAAACUUCACCAACAAAGAAUUUACCCUUAGUAUUUUUGUGAAUAUGAUUGUGGUUCUUAUUGGGAGGAGAUGCGGACAAUAUGUGAAGAGGCAGCUUGAUUUUUAACAACCGUAAAAAAAUAAAAAGGUAACUGGAUGGUUUCAGUUGUUCAGUAUCACUUUAAGCACAAGAAAAUCAACAAACUGAAGCUUCUAGACAGCAAUGUGUGCAUCGAUCUCGUGACUCAUUGUUUUAGUUAAAGUUUGGAAGUAUAAACAAAUGUUAAUUUGGAAAUGUAAUGUUUGAUGAAAAUAUUUUGUUCUUUUUGAUAGACGUCAGUAAUCAAAAGUAAAAAAUCCAAUGAAAAAAUAUGUAGAAAUACGCAAUCGUAGGAUCCCAGAGUUACAACACAGUAGACUUUUUACAUUUGAGUAAACUCGUUCUCGUAUGACUGGUCAGUUUUUAUACGCCCGUCGGCGUAAAUUAUGUGAACACCCGUGGCGACGGGAAAGCAUAGCCGCUCUUUAAGUCGAACAGUUUUCAUUUGAUCUUUAUCAAACUUACUGACAAUGUUUGUGAGCAUAAUAUCUCGGCCAAGUUCGAUAACCAUCCAAAUCGCCCCUAACACUCUUAGAUUAUGACCCUUGAAUUACUCGAAAAACUGCCAAUUUCGAUCUUCGCCAAACUUGCUGAAUGUUUGUGAGCAUAAUAUCUCGGCCAAGUCCGAUAACUACCCAAAUCGCUCCAGGCAGUCUCGGAUUAUGGCCCUUAAAUUACUCGAAAAACUGCCAAUUCAGCAUUUCCGCUCUCUAAGUCGAACAGUUUUCAUCCGAUCUUCACAAAACUUGCUGACAAUGCUUGAUAACCACCCAAAUCGCCCCAGGCAUUUUUGGAUUAUGGCCUUGAACUUGCGCAACUGGAUAUUUAGGCGGGCGUAUUUUGUGAGUCUGGCACUCUUGUUAAAUAAUGAAAGAAUCCACGAGACAUGUGAUCUUUUUGUUCUUAACUUUAUUAAUCUAACGAAAGAAUUUAUACAACGGAAAGAGGUAAGAAUAGGACCAAAUGAUAAACCAUGGUACGAUUUUACAAUAAGUCGAACUUCAAACGCGACUGACAAAAACUAUUUGCGGUUAAAUCUAAUUAAUGAAAUGUCCGCCUGGAAGUUGUAUAAAGAUAUAGAAAUUAAGGCCGAUCAUCAGAAGAAACACGUAAAACCUCACUGAAUGAUAUUUGUGUUAAUAACGCAUAUCGAAACUGGGAAAAUUGUUAAACUGCUGGUUAAAGUGCGACCUACUUUAUGCAUUGAUGACAUUCUUACAGGAAAAGCGAUUGUUUUAAACCAGUAUUUUAUUUCCGUUUUAUCCGAUGACUGGAUAUAUUUUCUACCAUGUAUGAAAAAGAAUGCAAGAACAAGAAAUAAUUGAUACACUGCAUAUAUAUAAUUUUAUUUUCAUAUGUUUGACGUCGCGAGAUUUUUAACCUUAUUUUAAUGUUAACGUCAUUUUGUGUUUCAGCAGGAAAAGCUUUCAAUUGAUAAAAAGAAUAUUACAUUUAUGUCUUUCCAAACUCGUUGUAUAUAACUGAUAAAAUGCUCGCAUUUUGUUUUAUUAAACUCGUUAAAUAAAUUCAAAAUGAAAAGA